AUGUCUUUGUCAAACCUGGAGAUAUUUUCUAUUACUUAUAAUGGCUUAACAGGAGAAAUACCAGCUUCUUUUGGGAACAUUUCCACCAUCCAAAUUAUAUCUUUGGGUUGGAAUGAACUGCAGGGGAGCAUUCCAGAAUCCUUCGGUCAGCUUACAAACUUAUACUUUCUAUCACUUCCUCUAAACAAGCUAUCUGGUAUGUUUCCUCUCUCCCUCUUCAAUCUCACUUCUCUUGAAAUUCUUUCUCUUCUACAAAACCAACUGCAUGGGAUCCUUCCACCAAACAUAGGCUUCAGUCUUCCAAAUAUCCAACAUCUAGAAAUUGGAAACAACCUUUUCUCAGGGAGCAUUCCAAAUUCCAUAUCCAAUAUUUCAACACUCGAAAUAAUAGAUCUUGGUGGAAACAAUUUUGUUGGAUGCGUCCCUAACAACUUAGGAGAUCUUCAAAAUCUUCGAGCAUUUGCUAUUGGUGGAAAUAAAUUUGGAUCAUGGGAAGGUGAUGAUUUAGAUUUUGUAAAUUCUUUGGUCAUUUGUAUAAAUCUAGAGGUUUUGGACCUAGACAAUAAUGCUUUUAAGGGUCCCCUUAUGAACUUUAAAGUCAACCUCUCAACACAGCUCUCAGUUCUUAAUUUGGAUGCGAAUCAAAUAUCUGGAACCAUUCCUAUUAGAAUUGAAAAUCUUGUCAACUUGACCACAUUGAGCAUGGAGGGGAACUUUCUCGAAGGCAAUAUUCCGUCUGGUAUAGGGAAACUUCCGAAGCUUCAAAGAUUAUUCUUGGGUCAAAAUAGACUUUCAGGACAGAUACCUUCCUCUAUAGGUAAUCUCAUUCUUUUGUUUGAACUUCAUUUAGAUUCCAACAACUUGAGUGCAAGCAUUCCUUCCAGCAUUGGAAAUUGUCAACAGCUACAAUACCUAACCUUUUCUAAUAAUAGCCUCCAAGGUCCGAUACCUAAACAACUCUUUCUUAUUUCCUCCUUGUCAUUAUCUCUCAAUUUAUCUUAUAAUUUUCUGGUCGGUUCCCUACCAACAGAAAUUGGUGACUUGAAGAGUCUUUCUACAAUAGAUAUCUCCGAAAAUCGAUUGUAUGGAGAAAUCCCAUCUUCCAUUGGUGAUUGUAAUAGUUUGGAACAUCUUUAUAUGAGGGGUAAUUUCUUUGAAGGCACAAUUCCUCAAUCUUUGACUUUUUUGAAGGGGCUUCAAGAUUUAGAUCUUUCACACAACAACUUAUCAGGGCAAAUCCCGAAAGACCUACAGAACCUUUUAGCAUUGCGGAGUUUGAAUUUAUCCUACAAUAAUCUUGAGGGGGAGGUACCAACAAAAGGAAUCUUUGCAAAUGCAAGUGUAAUUUUGGUGAAUGGAAAUGACAAGCUUUGUGGGGGAAUUGCGGAGUUACAUUUGCAUACAUGCACAAACCUUGGAUCUAUGAAACGAGAAAAGUCCAACGCUUUUAGAAUAGUUUUGGCUAUAAUCGGUGUGGUUCUUGGUUUCCUUUUGAUAUCUUCUUUUCUUACUCUUUAUUGGAUAAGAAGAUCAAAAAGUAAACCUCCAUCUGCAUCAUUAACUGAUGACAAGUUCUUAAGGCUUUCUUACAAAGAGCUCUUCCAAGCUACUAGAGGAUUUUCUUCAGCCAAUUUCAUAGGUUCCGGUAGUUUUGGCUCUGUAUACAAAGGGAUUAUUGACAAAGAUGAAACCAUUGUCGCAGUCAAGGUACUCAACCUUCAAAAUCCAAGAGUAUACAAGAGUUUUAUUGCCGAAUGCAAAGCAUUAAGAAACAUUCGGCAUCGAAAUCUUGUCAAGAUCUUAACUUCUUGUUCGAGUCUUGAUUCACAAGGAAAAGAUUUCAAAGCCCUUGUUUAUGAGUUCAUGCCCAAUGGGAGUGUAGAUGAUUGGUUGCAUCUGCCGAUGGAGGCACAUAAUCAUUCAAGGAAUUUAAGCUUUCUUCAAAGAUUAAACAUCGCAAUUGAUGUGGCUUCUGCUAUAGAUUACCUUCAUUACCAUUGUUAUGCUACAAUUAUUCACUGUGACUUGAAGCCAAGCAAUAUUCUACUUGACAGUGAUAUGAUUGCACAUGUCAGUGAUUUUGGUUUGGCGAGGCUACUUUUAGAAGCUGACGACAAUCCAUCCCAGUCUCAUAUGAGUACCAUUGGGAUAAAAGGAUCUAUUGGCUAUGCUGCUCCAGAAUAUGGCAUGGGUGGAAGGAUAAGUAUACAAGGAGAUGUGUUUAGCUAUGGGAUCUUUUUAUUGGAGAUGUUCACAGGAAAAAGGCCAACAGAUCAUUUGUUUACUGAUGAAUUAAAUCUCCAUAACUUUGUAAAGGCAGCUUUACCUGUACAUGUGAUGCGAAUUAUUGAUCCAAGAAUCCUAUCCAUGGAAGAAGAAUGUGAAGAAAUUCAAGAGGACGCUAUCAACAAAACUGAAGGUCCUAUUCAUAUGAUAGAAAAAUUACAAGAUUGUAUAACGCCGAUAAUUGAAAUUGCACUUCAGUGUUCCAUGGAAUCGCCAAGAUUACGUAUGGACAUGAACCAAGUUGUGAAGGCACUACAUUUAAUCAAGGAAAAUUUUCUUGAAGCAAGAAUCAAUCAAUACAAAGCAACUACACAUGAUUUGAAGUAUCUAGAUUUCAAUGAGCAGAUUUAA